AUGAAACAUAUCUCGUGUGACGGAGCAGUCAUGGACGACAGUCACAAAUCGAAUUGGUACGUGGCUGCUGCGUACGUGGAAGAUGCCAGAACGGGUCGGAAUUCUCAUUUCAUCCCAGAAGCGAAAUACGUCAAGAGGUGGGAAUGGUAUCAUCAUCGGACACCGAGACUAUUACUCAACCUGUGCCUCGGAAUUCAGCUGGGUCUCGUUCUAUUCGAAGAUCCCUCCAUCCCAGGCCUCACCCUUCCCUACUAUGCAACGGUGCCGAUAGAGAGCUUUUGCCUGUUGUUCAUCCUUUCCCGCCUCAUUCACAUCUGGUCGUUCAUGAAGAGUCGUAUUUUCUUCAAGGAUUCCAAGCACGUCGUCCUCCUCGGAUGCAUUGCAAUUUCGAAUGUCCACGACAAGGGAAAUUUGCGAGGAGAAGAUCCUCCGGUCCCCAGCCGUCAGCACUCGAAGUGGCAUAAUCCUCAUAGGAUUAUGCCACUCAUAGGUGCAGGCAUUCAUGCAGAGGAGGAACGUCGGAGAUAA